UCCGUGAAGCCAUUUUUUUUAUUUACAUCAGCACCGAACACAUCGAUCUAGAUCAAUCAUUAUCGAAAAUAAAAACAUCAUGUAUCUAAAAAAAAAUAUAAUAAUGGUUUAUCACUUUCUGAGAUGGCUUUUAGCUAUCUUCUCAUCAUAUACAAUAACUCCUUCCCUGAGUGCCCUGGUGAAGAUGGAUCCGGUCGUGCCUUUCGAGGGCAAGACGUAUUACAUCCGGUGUGUACUGGAGACAGAGCUGGUUGAGUUGGAAGAGCUUCGUCAGACUCCCUUCAGGUUCCAGUUGAAUGACAAGACCUGUGACGUGCCGUCUUGGUUAAAGUGUGACAGUUCUCCGCAGAGACUUAAGGACUGGGACUGCUACUGUUACCGGAAGUACGUCACAGAAGAGCUGCUUAUGUUCGACUUUUACUAUUUCAUUAAGACAUUUCCAGGCAAAGUCGUGAAUCUGACAAGCUGCGGACUCGAAUACUACGCCAGUGACAAAAGAGAGGUAGAAACUGUUGACUUUUCUGUUGUUCCUGGACCGGCCAUACAAAACUGUUCUGAUGGGGAGAUGGUGCUGAACUGGGGCUUUCAUCCUCACAGCGACUUUGUCAGGGAGCUAAUGAGACCGAAGAAAAUCGAAUGGUUCUUUCAAGAUCGACCACUGGCAGACUACGUCGUCAGUAGGAAAGCCUUCGUAAGUCACGUGAAUCAAUGUUGUGCCAUAGUCAAAAACGGACUCAUCCCGAUGUUAAAACUGAAGAGAUUGACCAAUACGUCCAGUGGUGUCUACUCCAUCAAUGUCAUCUUUCAUGCGAUUAGGACAAAGGCCGGCAACACACGACAGGACACCAUUGACCUGUAUGGAGACGAGGGAGAAACGGCCAUCAGGAUUAAGAGAACGUUUUUUGACAUGGAGAGUUUCGGCGCUUUUCCAGCCAACACGACGUCAGCCGAAGAAUAUGACUACGACCCGGAUGUAAAACUGAUGCCCUCGUUGGAUGAGACGACCACAUUACCGCCCAUUCCCGUGGCUCAAAACUCGCUGAACGGGUCAACAAAGUUGAUGGUCACUUACCCUCCCAACAACGACGUCUGGUUCAAAAUGAAAGGAUUUAAAACUUUGACAGGCACCAUCCUUGUCAGGUGCAGUGUCUACAACAUCAGCUAUUUUGGUCUGCCAGAGGUCAACUUAACCCUGUGGGAGAUGUCCAGGAGAGUCAGAUCUAAGCCGGGGGAGUACUCACUGGUCUACAGCGAGGCUAUUGGUGGGAGACGCAAAUUUAACUUCUCUUGUGGACUAACCGGAGUGGCUCUUCAGUGCUUAGACUCAGAAGACUCUAGGUUAAAGCGCGUCUACUUAGAUGAGAUCGAGAGUGAGAAGCCCCCAGACAAUUUAGUUCCAAAUAUCAUGAAGAUUAUCUUUGGCACCCAGACGGUGCUGUGCAUUGGGCUGAUGCUCUGGCUGGUGUCGCUAAUGCUGAAACAUGUACUGGUCGUCAUCAACAAGGAGAUGCGGAUGAAUCAACUGGCGGCGAAGAUGAUCAGCACCAAGGCAGGCCAGAACAUGCUCAUGAAGGCCAUGAAGGACCGUGGUGACGUCAGCGAGAGGGAGGACACGGAUGUAGACGAGGAUAGCCGAGUGGUCACUUUUUCUGAGAAGUCUGGGAAGACUAAAUAAAAGACUUUUCAUCA